CCAUGUUGGUUUUUUUUUUUGGUUGGUUAGGAAUGAUCAAAGAUGUUCCCUUAGAAAUAGAAAGAGGAGCUCUUUGCUAGAGAAGAGGCAUGAGGCAUUAUCAUUGAAGAGCCAGGAGACCGGCGGCAGCAGGAUCCUGCUGGACAUGGAGGGGGCUCUGACAGCCCGUGAUAGAGUGGGAAUCCAGGACUUUGUGCUGCUGGAUGCCUUCACGAGUGAGAGUGCCUUCCUGGACAACCUGAGGAAGCGUUUCAAUGAGAAUCUCAUUUACACAUACAUCGGCACUCUGCUCGUGUCCGUCAACCCGUACAAAGAGCUCAACAUCUAUACGAAAAAGCAGAUGGAUAUUUACAUGGGUGUCAACUUCUUUGAACUCCCCCCCCAUCUCUACGCCCUGGCGGACAACGCCUACCGCACUAUGAUAAUGGAGAGCAACAAUCACUUUAUUCUCAUCUCUGGAGAGAGUGGGGCUGGCAAAACAGAGGCCUCCAAGAAGAUCCUGCAGUUCUAUGCGGUCAGCUGCCCUAAAACCAAACUGUUGGAUACUGUGAGGGACAGGCUUCUCCUAUCUAACCCUGUUCUGGAGGCCUUUGGCAAUGCCAAAACACUGAAGAAUGACAACUCCAGUCGUUUCGGGAAGUACAUGGACAUCCAGUUUGACCACCAGGGGGAGGCAGUAGGUGGACACAUCCUCAGCUAUUUGCUGGAGAAGUCCCGCGUGGUCCAUCAGAACCAUGGUGAGAGGAACUUCCACAUCUUCUACCAGCUGAUGGAGGGUGCGGAAGACGAGAUGUUGCGUUGGUUGGGCCUGGUGCGGGAUUGCCAGAAGUACAGCUACCUAGUGCAGGGGGAUUGUGCCAGGGUGAGCUCCAUCAAUGACAAGAAUGACUGGAGGACUGUACGCAAAGCUCUCUCUGUCAUCGAUAUCAGCGAGGGUGAAAUGGAGCACCUGUUUGGGAUCAUCGCCAGCGUCCUGCACCUUGGAAACAUGCAGUUUCAGACGGAUUAUCGGGGAUAUGCCACUUUGAACAGCAACACAGAGUUGCAUUGGCUUUCCAAGUUGCUAGGGGUCCCAAUGCAAGUGCUGCGGGAGGGCAUGACUCACCGGAAGAUUGAGGCCAGGGCUGAGGAGGUCCUCAGCCCUUUCACAGUGGACCAUGCAGUCUAUGCCAGGAAUGCUUUGGCUAAAGCAAUCUAUGGCCGCACUUUCACAUGGCUAGUGAACAAGAUCAACGAGUCUUUAGCAAACAAGGAUUCUACCAGGAAGACUGUCAUUGGGCUGCUGGACAUCUAUGGUUUUGAAGUGUUUAACAUCAACAGCUUUGAACAGUUCUGCAUCAACUACUGCAACGAGAAACUUCAGCAGCUCUUCAUUCAGUUGACACUCAAGUCAGAGCAGGAGGAGUACGAUAUGGAAGGAAUCGAAUGGGAGCCUGUUCCGUUCUUCAACAACAAGAUUAUCUGUGACCUGGUGGAGGAGAAGCACCAUGGGAUAAUCUCUGUGUUGGACGAGGAAUGCCUCCGACCCGGGGAAGCCUCUGAUCUCACCUUCCUCACCAAGCUAGAGGAGAAGAUGGGAAGCCAUCCUCACUUUGUUACACACAAACUGGCUGACCAGAAGACCCGGAAGACCUUGCAGAGAGGCGAUUUCCGCCUCCUGCACUAUGCUGGGGAGGUGACAUACUGUGUUGUCGGAUUCCUGGACAAAAACAACGAUUUGCUGUACAGGAACAUCAAAGAUGUGAUGCGACAGUCCAAGAACUCCCUCGUCAAACAUUGCUUCCCUGCUGUGGAGCCAGACAACAAGAAGAGGCCUGAGACGGUAGCCACUCAGUUCAAGAGCAGCUUGAUGGGCCUGACAGAAAUCCUCACGUCCAAGGAGCCAUGGUAUGUGCGUUGCCUGAAACCCAACGACGCCAAGCAGCCAGGGCGUUUUGAUGACGUUCUGGUGAGGCACCAGGUGAAGUACCUGGGGCUGAUGGAGCACCUCAGAGUCCGACGGGCCGGCUUUGCCUACAGACGACGAUACGAGGUCUUUCUGCAGAGGUACAAAGCCCUGUGCCCUGACACCUGGCCCCACUGGAGAGGUGAUCCAGCCGAAGGCGUGCAGAUGCUGGUCACACAUCUGGGCUACCGGCCAGAUGAGUACAAGAUGGGCAGGACCAAGAUCUUCAUCCGUCACCCCAGGACCCUCUUUGCUACUGAAGAUGCCUUCGAGACUUGCAAACAUGAGCUGGCCACAAGGAUCCAGGCUAAAUACAAGGGAUACCGGGUCAAAGGGGUCUUCCUGAAACAGAAGGAUGCAGCCACAAAAAUCGAGAGCUGCUGGAGAGCCUUGUUGGCAAGGAGAGAGCGGCAGAGAAGGGCUUGGGCGGUGAAGGUCAUCAGGAGAUUCAUCAAGGGUUUUAUGACAAGGAAUCAGCCAGUUUGCAGGGAAAACACAGAGUACCUCACCUUCAUCAGGCAGAGCUAUCUUACCCGGUUGAAGGAGAAUCUACCCAAGAAUGUUCUGGAUAGGAAAAGCUGGUUAACCCCACCACCACUUUUAAAGGAGACCUCCCGACUCCUGCGGCAGCUCCAUACUCGCCUCUUGGUGCGCAAGUAUGUACGGGGGAUCACGGCACAGCAGAAGGCACAGCUGCAGAUGAAAAGCGUCACCAGUGCCCUGUUCAAGGGGAAAAAGGAGAGCUACCCCCAGAGUGUGCCCAAGCCUUUUGUCAGCACCAGGAUCCGUGAGCAGGAUAUCAAUGCAAAGAUCCUGCAGACAAUUCGCCAUGAACGAUUCAAGUACGCCGCCCCGGUGGUGAAGUACGACCGAAAUGGGUUCAGGCCCCGGCACAGGCAGUUGAUUCUCACUCAGGCCGCAGUCUACCUGGUGGAGGAAUCCAGGGUCAAGCAGCGGGUGGAAUACGGCUCCCUCAAAGGGGUGUCUGUCAGCCACCUGAGUGACAACUUCCUGGUCCUGCACGUCACCUGUGAUGACCUCAAACAGAAGGGUGACGUAGUCUUGCAGUGCGACUCCUUGUUUGAGGUGAUCACUAAGCUGAGUGUUGAGGCCAACAAAGUCAGCGCCAUCAGAGUGGUGAAGGACAGUGUCAGGUUUGACAUCCAUCCAGACAGGGUGGGCUACGUGGACUUCAACAGCGGCCAAGAAUCCAUGGUGUACAGGGCUAAAAAUGGGCACCUGACUGUGGAAUCUGUUCGGCCCAAGUAUUGAUGACGCGAGUCUGCCUUGGGCUGGACGUUAGGUACCCACACUACAGCACAUCCAGUCUCCCAGAAACCAUGCAAAGUUCUCCGGAAAGAGUUUCCAAGCAUCGCCGAGUAGGAAGAUGCCCUCCUGAAACCUGAAAGUUACGUAACCAGCUGAGAUCGCCUGUUUGGACACCCAGAAAGAUGGCUACCGUGGUCAUUGUGCACCCACAGAGGCCAGCACUACAGUUGAGAAGCCCUUCAGGGCCAGGACUGCCUUCCUGCAGACUUUUGUACCAUUAGCCUUUUCUGCUAUGGUAUGCUAAUGGCCACCAGCUCAUCUUUUGGACAGUUAUAUUUGUGUAGCUCUGACCUCAUCAUCUGGAAAAACAAGGGCUAUCAGAUAUCAUUACUGGGGCGGUAUCAUUUCUGGCUUUACUCAGUUUACUAUAUGAAAUUUCUGUGGUUUUGCAACAGGGCUGGAAAUCUCAUGAUCUGGUAUCUUUUUUCGAAUUAUCGAUUUAAUAUAAUUAGUUGCCCACAGCCCUAUAUUGGAUAAGCAGCUGGAAAGAUUAAUAGAAGUCAUUAGGUUUGCAGCUGA